GGGUCGUCCACCCGGACUUCCGAAGUCUCUCGACAGGGCCAAGCGAGCCGAGCAAGCGGCUGCGGCAGGUGCGGGGGUGCUGCUCUCCGCGGGACACGGGAAUCCCACGGCAGGACGUGAGGCCGCCAGCUACGAGGGAAUUCCCUGCCUGCGAACGGCGCGGCUGUGGCGGGGAGGCUGCCGCGCCGAGAGAUGGCCGCACUCCGUGGUCGUCGCCGGCAGACGAGAGCAUGCUGGCUCUGCCGUCUGACGCCGCCGACCCGCUGGCCGGACUGUGCCGCGUGUGCGCCGCCGACGGCGAACCGGUCAUCAGCAUCUUUGACCACGACGCUGUCCAGCAGCAGCUGCAGCACAAAAUCAGCGUGUGUCUCCGCAUCCUUGUCAACGAGACUGAUCUCUUCCCGAACACGCUAUGCGGACCUUGCGCCGCCAGACUGGAUGUCAGCUAUGAGCUGGUCCAGAGGUGCACCAGAGGCCAGCGAGAGCUACACAGAAGGCUGCAGGCAGCAGGCAUCGCUGCCAUGGCGCUAAAUUCAACUAAUAAAGACUGCGAGGAUUCCGACUGCUCAUCUCAAGGACCAACUUACACUACCUUGGAGUCAAUGGAGCCAGAUGGAACGGAAACAAUGGACUGCGGUGCAAGCUCUUCUUCAGGUUGGUCCAGCAACCUGGGACUGUUGGCGGAUGCUGUGGAGCACCAGUCAAAGAUGGAGGCGUCGCCGUCAUCCAGUCAGCAGCUGCGGACCGCCAAGGAGCUGUGCUGCGAGUUCUGCAGCAAGGUGUUCCACCACAUGGGCGACCUCAACAAGCACCGGCGCAAGCACACGGGCGAGCGGCCCUAUCCGUGUCACGAGUGUGACCGGCGCUUCUCACACAUCAGUAAUCUGCUGAGACACUCAAAAAUCCACUCGGGCGAACGGCCGUUCAAGUGUGACUCGUGCCAAAGAAGCUUCAACCGCAGCGACAAACUCAUGAGCCACGUGGCUACCUGCUCUCGUCGCAAGUCAAACUGAACACUGAAAUUUGAACAAGGCUUCUGGCGGGUGCUUGGCUGCGACUUUCCAAUGGAUUGAUUUUUUAAA